AUGGCAUCUCCGGAGCCAGUCAGAUGGCUGGUAUCACAUGCCCAGCAAUUUGAAGCGGUACUGAGUGAACAGGCGAAAAUUCGCCCACGGCAGUACAAGCUAGUAGCAGAAUUCACGCCGGUCAGCUUCGACCCCUCCCGGGAGGAGGUAUGGCGACGUACGGAAGCGGACUUGGGUCUGGAUGAGGGAACAAUUCUAGAGGCACGUUGGAUCAAACCAGUGCACAGGCGGUACCGUGAGCAGCGUUUCGCUCAUCUUUUGGUUACGGUCUCUUCCCCAGAGACAGCCAACAAGAUUAUAAGGGCGGGCCUGAUACUAGCUGGCCGCCAUGUAAGUGUAAGGAAGAACCUUGCAGAGCCAAUGCGGUGCGCAAAAUGCCACCGCUACGACGCAGGGCAUCUAGCAAGAGACUGCCCCCAGAGCUACGAUACAUGCGGCACAUGUGGACGAACACAUAAGACGGCGGAUUGCACAGUGAAAGACCCGCAACAGCAUCAUUGCGUUAACUGCAAUGAGAAGGGGCAUGCUGUCUGGGACCGUGACUGCCCGAUUUUCCUAGACCUCCUGAGCAAGGUGGAUGCCCGUCAUCCUGAGAAUAGUCUACAAUUCUUCCCCACUGCAGACCCCGACUCGUGGGUCCCCAAGGUGAACAGCUGGACACUGCCGAUUAUGCGAGGGCAGCUGAGCGACAUUGUAGCGGAAGCGAUUGACAAGGGUCCAAGCGCGCUGCCGCGGCGUGCUAGAACACAGAAACAACGAGCCCAGAUGACGCAGACGCAGCUCCCCUUCGCUUCGCAGAGACCUAACGGAACGGGUGCAGAUGCAUGA